CCGAAAUUUAAUAUAAUGCUCAUUUAUGCCAGACGACUCAUCGCUCGGAUCUCGAUUCUACACGCACGCCAAUCAGGAUGGUGCCAUCCGACCGGCUGGCCCGAGCGGAUCCUCCAGUCUCUGAUCUAUCGGUGCGGAUCCUGCCACUAGCGAUGAACCAAAGCUCAUCCCGACAGAACUUUCGCCUCCACUUGUUGACAAAAUCACCACGUAUCCUGUCCUUAUUUUCCGCGGGUCGCACAACUCGCCAUUUCUUCAGUUUCUUUGCUCCUUCCUCUCUUCUCUCCGGUGUGGUGGACAGCAGGUUGGCUACUAUUCUCCUGCUUCUCACUGCAUUCCCACUCCUACUCUGUCCUUCCCUGCAAUCAGCGUCUCUCCUGCACCACCGGUGGGUCUGGCCCUGAACAAUGGGCCCGGUACUUCUGCACCUCGUGCAGUCUGUGAAUCCACUAGAGCAGCUCGUGUGCAGUGGUCCCUGUGGCUGGCUGAUUACCCAUCCAGAAGCCUUGUAGUCGGAGAUCACCUUGGAGGUCUGUUCCCACUGAUAGCAUGAUGUCGGUGGCUCCAGUUUAUCGUGGAUCCCCCGGGAAAUAGGACGAUUAUUCACUCCUAAACCGGAAAUACAAUUACUCGUAG